CGAUUUGGUGUGUUUGACUAAUGAGAAAGCGGAUACACCAACCACGAUGACAAUGCAAAUUGCCAUUUCAGAAACUUAGACAGAUAACUUUCUCAUUUUAAUUUAGUAAACAAUGAAAAAUGAAGAUUUAAAAGAAAAAAAAUGUUAUUCGGGUCUUCAAUGAAUCAUUUAGUAUUAUCAUUAUUUUAUGAUGACAGAAUGAUCUAGCUAAUAAGAUCCUCACGGGCUCACUAUUUUUGACUUUGGAUUUUCAUUGCAAGCCUUUUACUUCACUUUUCAGAUAUCAAACUCAUUCACUCUACCAAGUUUUCACAUUUUGAAUCAUCCCUUCUUCUCAAGUGAGAUUUUUGGAUAAGGAAUUUACUUAAGCAAUUCACAACUGAGAUUCUGAUUCAUAAAUAGAACAUAAGCUAAUGCUAUAGUUUUGAGUUUUAGUUAUUUGGGAAAGUUAAGUUCCACAAGUUUGCCACCUUUGAACUUCUUUCUUUCAAGUUUCCAACCAGAAAAAUCAACCGGAGUUAUUGUACGAGGCUUGCUUUCAGCAUUUAUUUAUUUUUUUAAAUAAUUGAUUUUACCUGUGAAAUUGACAUCAUGAUAAGGUUUCCAUGUAUUUUUGUGAUGAAAUUUUAGACCAAUAAAGUAUUCAUUUUUUGUUCUGAAUGUACGGUAUGAAUGAAUCUUAUUCCUUACAAUGUUUAUUACUUCCUUUAUUCAUCAUCCCUUCGUCCAUUUGGUUGGUUUAUAGGAUAUACUGUGAUGCCGGCUCUGAGAAGUCAUGGAUAUGCCUUGGCUGUUUCGUUUUGUUUUAUCAUCUUCAUAGCAGCCUCACAAAGAACAGACCCUACAGAAGUUGAUGCACUGAUACACAUCAAGAAAAGUUUGAUUGAUCCCAAGGACAAUCUGAAGAGCUGGAAUAAGGGUGAUCCAUGUGCAUCAGACUGGACAGGAGUAUGGUGUUUUGAUAAGAAGGGUGCUGAUGGAUAUUUCCAUGUUCGUGAGAUCUACUUAAUGACAAUGAAUCUCUCGGGAACUCUAGCACCACAGCUUGGUCAGCUAUCCCAUCUUGAGAUACUGGAUUUCAUGUGGAACAAUCUGACAGGAUCAAUACCAAAGGAGAUUGGAAAUAUUACGGCAUUGAGACUCUUGCUCCUGAAUGGGAAUAAGUUAUCUGGUAGUUUACCAGAUGAGCUUGGCAACCUUAAAAAUUUGAAUAGACUCCAAUUAGACGAAAAUCAAUUAUCCGGUCCUAUACCGGAGUCAUUUGCUAACUUGAUCAAUGUCAAACACCUUCAUAUGAACAACAACUCUUUUAAUGGUCAACUUCCAUCCAAACUUUCUAAGCUACCCAACCUUAUGCACCUGCUUGUGGACAACAAUAACUUAUCUGGCUAUCUUCCACCAGAAUUCUCCAUGUUACAUGGGUUGGCAAUACUCCAACUUGAUAACAAUAAUUUCAGCGGGAGUGGAAUUCCUUCUACCUAUGCAAACUUAUCAAGGCUAGUAAAACUAAGUCUAAGAAACUGCAGUCUGCAAGGUGCUGUUCCUGAUUUCAGUUCAAUACCCAAGCUUAGCUAUUUAGAUCUUAGCUGGAAUCAGUUCACUGGACAAUUACCAUCAAAGAAACUGGCAGACAAUAUGACAACUAUUGAUCUGUCCAAUAAUCGCCUGAAUGGAUCUAUUCCUCAAAGCUUCUCAUAUCCUCAUCUCCAGAACUUGUCACUUGAGAACAAUUUACUGUCUGGGCACAUCCCUUCUAGCAUAUGGCAGAACAUGUCCUUCAGUGAGAAAGCUAAACUUACAAUUGAUCUCCAUAACAACUCAUUUUUGGAUGUCUUGGGAAAUUUGAAGCCCCCAAAAAAUGUUACCUUGAGGCUUUCUGGCAAUCCUAUCUGCAAGAAUUCUAGCGUGCAAGGAAUUCGUCAAUAUUGUGGACCUGAAGGAGGUGAAGCAACUCAAGACUCAACAAACUCAAAACCUAGCUGUCAAGUUCAAUCUUGUCCAACGGAUAACUUUUAUGAAUAUGCUCCCUCUUCUCCAGUUCCUUGCUUUUGUGCAGCACCUUUGAGAAUUGGAUACAGGCUGAAAAGUCCAAGUUUUUCUUACUUUCCUCCCUAUCAAACUAGUUUUGAAAACUAUAUUACUGAGUCCUUAAACUUAGACCUUUAUCAACUUUCAAUAGAUUCAGUUGCUUGGGAAGAAGGACCUCGUCUCAGAAUGUAUUUAAAACUUUUCCCUGCCUACAAUGAUUCAAAUUCUAACAUGUUCAAUACUAGUGAGGUUCGUCGCAUUAAAGGCUUGUUCACAUCAUGGCAAUUUGCUCGCAAUGAUCUUUUUGGACCAUAUGAGCUCAUGAACUUCACUCUUCUUGGACCUUAUGCAAAUUUAAUUAUUGAUUCGGGGAAGAGAAAAACUAGUGUGGGCAUAAUAGUUGCCGCAACAAUAGCAGCUGCUGCCUGUGUUUUAUCAAUAUCUGCAAUAAUCAUUCUUCUGAUUUCUAGAAGACAUUGGAAAUACCAGCACAAGAUUUCCAGGAAGCGAAUGUCCUCUAAUAUAUCUAUCAAAAUAGAUGGCAUGAAAGUGUUUACUUUCAAAGAAUUGGCUCAUGCUAGCAACAAAUUUAAUAUCUCAACUAAAGUUGGCCAAGGAGGUUAUGGCAAUGUUUAUAAAGGCAUUUUAUCUGAUCAAACAUUUGUGGCCAUUAAGCGAGCAGAAGAAGGUUCCUUACAAGGGCAAAAAGAGUUUUUGACCGAGAUUGAGCUUUUAUCAAGGUUACACCAUCGGAAUCUUGUCUCACUGAUUGGAUACUGUAAUGAAGAAGGGGAGCAGAUGUUGGUUUAUGAAUUCAUGCCCAAUGGCACCUUAAGGGACUGGAUUUCUGGUAAAAGAAAAAAAACCAAGGAUGGCCUAAAUUUUGGCAUGAGGUUGAGAAUUGCAAUGGGUGCAGCCAAAGGCAUACUUUAUCUGCAUACAGAAGCUAACCCUCCUAUAUUCCACCGAGAUAUUAAAGCCAGUAACAUUCUUUUGGACUCCAAGUUUACAGCUAAAGUGGCAGAUUUUGGAUUGUCACGGCUUGUACCAUACUUAGAUGAAGAAGGAACUGCUCCAAAAUAUGUGUCAACAGUUGUGAAGGGAACACCAGGUUACCUGGACCCAGAAUAUUUGUUGACUCAUAAGUUGACUGAUAAAUGUGAUGUCUAUAGCUUAGGAAUUGUGUUUUUGGAGCUUUUGACGGGCAUGCAACCUAUAUCACAUGGCAAAAACAUUGUCCGUGAGGUUAAUGUGGCAUAUCAAUCUGGGCAGAUAUAUUCCAUCAUAGACAACAGUAUGGGUUUUUAUUCAUCUGAUUGCUUGGAAAAGUUUUUAACACUAGCCCUUAGUUGUUGCCAAGACAAUCCAGAAGAAAGACCAUCAAUGCUAGAUGUGGUCAGGGAAUUAGAAGAUAUCAUUGCAAUGUUGCCUGAAAGUGAAACUAGUUUCUCUGAUGUUACCUUGGAUAGUUCUGGUAAAAUGGCACCUUCAUCAUCAUCAUCAACAUCAGGAUCCCAUGUGAUAAGAGAAGAACAACACAUGUCCUCAUAUGUGUCAGGAAGUGAUCUUGUUAGUGAUGUCACUCCCACCAUUGUUCCUCGUUGAGUCUGCUAUGUUAAUUGCCAACAUAUUUUGAAAGAUGUAAUUAUGAUUUUUUUAUACCAAGGUUUUGAUUAAUAUUAAAGGAUAAGAAGUUUAUUAGGUAAAUAGCUAUUACCCUUCUCUUGGGGGAUGUUGUAAAUUCUAUACGUGUAAUUUAUAACAAAAUACUCUACUAUUUCGGUCAAAAAAGAGUGAAAAACCACCAAUCAUCCUAAUAAAUCAAUUGACAAGAAGUUGUU